AUGUCUUUUGGCGCGAUUCCGAAACCUCCAGCUCCGAAAUGGAUGUCGCUCGAGAACCUCCUGCGGAUUGCUUUCGAGAAGGACCAUCUGGAGUUACCGACAGAAGAAUCUGAGCGCGCCGAGUAUGUCAAUUCUACCCCGCUGAAGCACCCGGUCGAGAUACCUUUCCCCGGAUUCUCUCCCAUUGUCGUGGACCGUUUCAUCAACUUCCUCUAUCUCCAUAAAUAUAAGCGCAAUAUCGAGACGGAAGUAUCGAACAUCGCGCACGCAGAGAACAGGCCUAAUUCACCCUAUAUUGACUUCACCCGCGAUAUGAAGUCAGUGCGUUUCAACCUGGAAAUGGUAAGGUUCGCGGAGUUCCUGGAAUACUCGGCCUUGAUCAACGCCGUGUACGCCAAGUUGAUAGAACAGCUUCUGUGCAGAGCUGGCUUUCCGCCAACGGCCAUGAAGGACUUUGUAGAGUGGACAUAUGGUGCUGGCAAGAUCUGUGAGGACAAAAAGGGCUUGCUCGGAGAUCUAGUUGUGGCAGCUACCUUCGCGCACGGGGGCAAGUCCUGGGGACAGGAUCAGCGCGACGAGUUUGUCGGCCUUGUUCAACAUCAGGAAGGUUUUGUUAAGGAUAUGGCAGAAGCGACACUAGCAAUACAGAAGGCAGGAAACUCUUCUCGAGAAGGAGACAUGGCGCUAGAAAGUUUGAAGCUCAGGCAGAAGGAGGAAGGCAGCUCAUUGGAGUAG